CUUCGGCUUUUCCAGCAUACCCCAUCCCGACAUCUUCUUUUCAAUCCAUGUAAUUACAAAAAAAAGUUGCUAGUCAUCUAUUCUAUGAGCAGAAGCUGUUAAUGAUAUACAGCAAUCAAAAGAGCGGGUUUCAUUGUCGGCUUCACCAAAUUUGGCUGUGUCACGCUUGCAGAGUUGGCGGGAGCUCAUCAUCCGCCGAUUGUUUUUCAUUGGACACAAUGAUUACCAUGAACUUGCUGCUGUUUCGAAUUGUCAAACACAAAACAUCCGUAAUUUCUUUGUUUAUUAGUAUAUCAAAUUUCAAGCUCUUUCUUUUUCUCGUUUUUCUUUCACUUUUUCAACCUGCUUUUUUCUUAUCGCAACAACAACCACAACUACUAUUUUAUACUCUCAUUUUGAUGGAUUCAGAAGAGUACCAGCCGUCGUGGAUCCGCAACUGUUCCCAAAAUUGGGAGCCUUACGGCUGUUUGGAUGAUGUACAUUUAAAGCUUAUCCCUACACUUUUUCUGAUUUUACUUGCUCCACUCCGUCUUUACAUCCUGCUCUUCAAACGUGACCCUCUCACCCAUGAUGUGGCACAAAGUCGGCUUUAUUUUGUUAAACUUGCAAGUAACACACACAUAAAAUCAUGUGCCUACAGACUAUCAUACAGCUCUACCGCUACAGAAAUAAAGAGCAGCCCAGCUGAUUAGUGAUUUGUUUUAUAGGUAACCUUGCUUUUGCUGCUGUUCACAAUGAUUGCCGACCUAAUUUUAACACAAACACAAUAUUUUACCGUUCAAACUAUAAACAUUGCCACCAUGCUGCUGGCUAUUGUCCUUCACCAUGUUGAAC